AUGACCAUAGAAUCUGGCAGUUUUAUUGAGUAUGAUAGACACAAUAGAAGCAAUUUCAAAGAUAAAGUUGCAAGCUAUUUUAAUCAAAUAGAGAAAGAAGAAAACUCCACUAUGCAAGAAUCUUCACAAUAACUUCAAUCUCAUACUAGCAAAAAUAAGGUGUUUGUUAUCAAUCAAAAAUAAGAAUCAUUAGAUCUAUCAAGACAUGAAGAAUCUGAAAGUAUUAUUAAGGUAGAAUAAGCCUAGCAAAUUCCCCUCUCAAAAAAGAAAUAAUUGCCAAGAUAUAUGUAGCCAAACCAAGCAUGGUUAUCAAAGGAUAAAUAAUUACCUCCUCCAAUUAUUGAUCUUACAAAAGACCAAAGCUACUCAAAAUCUAAAAUCAGUUCAUUACUGCCACAGCUAAUUAUGAACAAAAAGAAGAAAGAAAGCAAUGAAGAUGAAUUAAACGGUGAUGAUAAUUAAAAUAUUGGAAGGUUAGCUAAGCAGAAUAAUAAAUUUUUUCUAAUAAACAAAGAAGACCCAUUAAUUAUAGAUCUAUUUAAGAAAAUAUGCCAAGAAAAAAGAGAUUCUAACAUAAUUAGAGCUAGACUUACUAAGGGUAAGAUGAAAGCUCACCUAAGCAGAAAAUAUAAAGGAAGAGUAGCCGAAAAGAUUUUGUAGUAUAUGGAUUUUUCUGUUCCUCUGGACUAUCAAGCAUUUAUUGACUUAUUAGAAAAGCUUUUAAAUUUUGGUCAAGAUAAACUUAAGAAGAUGGCAUUUAAUGUUUUUGAUUUUAAUGAUGACAGGUAUAUAUGUUAACUUGAUUUGUAUUCAAUUAUGAAGAUGUAUGAAGGUGACGAUCAAGUAUUCGUAAAUGGAUAUAGUUAUGAUAUUUGUAAACUCAUAGCAUACUUGGAUUAAAAGAAAAUUUCCAAAGGAAAUCAGAAUUAUGAGUUGAACCAAAAACUCAAGAACAUCUAGAAAAAGGUUGAGCAGGCAAUGAAAUAACUUAAUUAAUAAAAGAAAAACUCUUAAACUGAAUCUUAGUUAUUGAAAAAAGAAGAAAGGAAAAAAGAGAAAGGUGAUAGCAAAGAUUUAUCCUUUAAUAACUCAGAAACUUCGUCUAUUUAAAAAGAGUCUGAGGAGUACUCUGAGAGCGAAGAAGAGGAAUAUGAAGAAUCAAGUCAAGAAGGAGAUAAGACAACAACAAAUAAAACAUUAGGAGGUCCAGGGGAAAAAUCUAAGUAUAGUGAUCUAGCUAGCAGAAGAUAAAGCGUAAUGAGUAAAAGAGUAUCAAAGGUAAGCAGAGGAUCUGGGAAAUCAGGAAUUUCAAGGGUUGCUAGUUCUAAGAAAGUACAAGGAGGAUUCUUUUCUCACUAUAGUGAACAAUAAGAUGAAGAGGAGAGAGAAAACCCAUUUGACGCUAUCUUUGGCAAGGACAUAUAUAAAAAGAUGAAAGGCAAUAGAGAUUAUAAUGAGAAGAUGUCUCUCUAAGAGUUCAAAACGAAUAUUGCCUGGGGUGAUAAUAUCUUUCCAUAAUUUAUAGUGGACAUGAUUGCCUAUAUUAGUGGUUUUCUUAUAGAUGAUUAUAUCAAGACUAAGAAAGAGAAGGAAAAAUACGAGUAAGAGCAAUAAUAGCUGUAGGAAUUAAUUAAUAAAAGAAAGGAAGCUGGAGAAACUUUAGAUGAAAAUUUUCUCUUGGAAUAAUUUAAAAGACAAAGAAUGAAUGAUGCUGACACUGAGCUUCUGAUAGCUAAAAAUAGAAUAGGUGAGACUAUGUAUCGAAAAUUACUUAGAUUCUUUAAGAAUGUAUGUAAAAAUCCAGCAGAUCCGAAAGAAAGUUCCCUAUUUUUAACACAGGAGUCGCUCACAAAAAAACUGAAAAAUCAUUUUGGACAUAAAUGUGAUUUUUUCUCUUAGAGAUUUUACUAUAUUCUGUCAAAUAAUGUGAAUCUUAAGAGAAUUCAUCUAAAAGAGUUUAUUGAUAAGAUAAUGAUAUUAUAUGAGGGUUCCUAAAGAGAUCUUAACAAAUUUGCUUUUUAACUGGUUGACAUAGACCAUGAUGGACUCUUGACUGGCCCAGAUUUACUAACUUGUCAAGAAUAGAUAGAUUUAAGUUCUGAAUAUGGCUAAGAGAUUUUGAACUUUGUUGAUCACUAUGUAACAACCCAUUUAAUGACUAAAUCAAGAAUAAAUCCAAAGCAUUUCUUGCAUUUGGAUAAUUUUAUUAUGCUUUUGGGAGGACAUAACUCAAAGUCCUGCGUUAUUGAUGAAAUUAAGUUAAAAAUAUUAAGUAAAGAAGGAAAGCAUUCCUCUAAAUGA